AUGGCGGCCGCAGACGUUGCUCCCCAAUUCGGAGCAGAGUUAAAGGAUUCCUUCAAACCAGUGAACAAUUGGGUAUCGAAUGGUAUAUCAUGGGUAGAUGAGAUACACCAAUUUUACCGAGAGCGCAGUGCUAUUGAGAAGGAAUACGCAUCCAAGUUAACGGCCCUGUGCAAGAAGUACUAUGACCGCAAGUCGAAGAAGAUCAGCCCCUUAAGUGUAGGCGAUACACCAACCUUAACCCCCGGCUCCCUCGAAAGCGCAUCGCUCACUACAUGGACUACGCAAUUGAACGCCGUGGAAUCUCACGCCGCCGAGCGGGACAAGUUUGCGUCAGAAUUGGUACUGCAAGUGGCGGAUCCUCUAAAACAAGCUGCCACUCAAUAUGAAGAGAUUCGCAAAUGCCAUGUUGAAUAUCAUGGAAAGUUAGAAAAGGAACGGGAGGCAGCAUAUGGCGAUCUCAAAAAAGCCAAGGGUAAAUACGAUGGCGCAUGCCAGGAGAACCUCUAUCUCAUCAGCAUCAAUGUGACAAAUAAGCUCAAGGAGAAAUUUUACCAUGAAUAUGUCCCUGAGGUGAUCGAUGGUUUACAAAACCUCAAUGAAACACGAGUCGCAAAAGUGAACUUGAUGUGGUCGCUCGCCGCGCAACUUGAGAAAUCAUCUCUUUCAAAUAGCACAGAGCACAUAAGCAAUCUCCUUGUCGAAAUCCCUCGCAACAACCCGCGUCUGGACUCCUUGAUGUUCCUCCAGCACAAUGUGGCUCAAUCGCAGGAACCUGCAAACCUAGGAUUUGAGCCGAGUCCAGUAUGGCACGAUGAUGCUUCAAUCAUCGCCGAUGAGUCAGCCAAGGUCUUCCUGCGCAACGUCCUGAGUAAAAGCAAAUCUCAAAUCCGUGAACUACGAGUUGAGUCAGACCGGAAAAAACGUGAGGUUGAAGGAAGCAAGAAAGUACGGGAAAAUAUUCAACAAGGCAAAGAUAAUCGAAACGAGUUAGAUGUCGUGCGGUCCAUUUUCUACAUCCAAGAAUCCUUGCACGAAGUCGAUCGCAAAUGGGUUACAGCCGAGGUAGAAACAGCGACUAUCAUGGCAGUGGCUGGAGAUUUGUCGUUGGGAGCCCAGAACCACAAUUUCCGCUCUCAAACAUUCAAGAUCCCGACAAAUUGCGAUCUUUGUGGCGAAAGAAUCUGGGGCCUGUCCGCCAAGGGCUUUGAUUGUCGAGAUUGUGGUUACACCUGCCAUAGUAAAUGUCAAAUGAAGGUGCCCGCGGAGUGCCCAGGCGAGCAAACCAAGGAAGACAAGAAGAAACUCAAGGCCUUACGACAGGAACAGGCUGGUGCCGUGCCUGGUGUGGAGGUCGGCACCCCUACAGCUUCCACUGCCGCUCCGUCGCUGACACGACAAAAUACAAUGACCUCUCUUAGCUCAGGAUAUGCGGCCAGUACAGCUCGGUCAGUAUCGAACGUUGCUACUCAGCCCACACCAGAAAGCCCAGCAGAAGAGCCUCCAGCUCCCGUCGCGCAGACAAAGCCAGCAGCCGCGAAGAGAAACCGAGUGCUAGCACCACCUCCAACAGCAUACAUGACUGCACCUCCGCCGAGCGACUCUGGCAUGAGCUCGAAGUCCAAAGAGCCGCGGGGGAAGAUGCUAUACGCGUAUCAAGCCACCGGCUCAGAUGAGGUCAGCGUGGAAGAUGGGGACGAAGUGGUGAUUCUCCAACCAGAUGAUGGUUCUGGAUGGCUGCGUGUGCGCUCGGGAGCCAACGAAGGACUUGUUCCAACCGCAUAUGUCGAAGCUGCCCCAACACCAUCUCCCGUGCCAUCCGCUAGUUCCAGUAUCCCUGAGCGGCCUGGGUCAACGUACUCAAAUUCCUCGGCAUCCCUGGCGGGAAGCGCCGCGCAGAAACGUGUUGGACCAGCCGUCGCGCCCAGACGAGGAGCCAAGAAAUUACAAUAUGUCGAGGCAUUGUACGAGUACGAAGCCCGGAGCGAUAUGGAGUGGAAUAUGGCAGAGGGCGAUCGAUUUGUCCUAAUCAACCGGGAUAGUGGUGAUGGAUGGGCCGACGUCGAACGGGGUGGUCUUACGAAGAGCGUUCCGGCGAACUACAUCCAGGAGGUGUAG